AUGUCUAUCCGUCCUGGCGUGUGUUUUGUGUGUCGUGAAGACUUCGACACAGGUCCUAUUGUGAUCAUCAAAGAACGAGGAAUUCGAGCACUAAUUGAAGUGAGUCAAAAACAUGGUCUCACAGAAAAUAAAAAUUUCCUCCAAAAUUGCAACCAAGUCAGCGUUCAUGAUGCAUGCAAAAAGAGAUAUACAGCUGUGUCUAACGUUGAAGCCUCAGUUCGUCGAGGAGGGGAUUCUGCUUACCAAUCGAAAACUUCAUCGACAAAAUCAUCAAGUAAACUGGCUCAUAGCUUGAAAGGGAUUUGCUUUUUAUGUGGUGAGGUUAUCACCGAAGAAUUUCUUCAGCAACAAAGCAAACUGCCCUUGGCAAGAAGAAAUGUGGUCCAUACAGCUGAGAAGUUGGGCAUGAGGCAAACUGUUUUAGAUGCAGCUAAACGCCGUGGUGACGAUUGGGGAAGGUCCAUUAGGGAGCGCUAUUGA